ACCGUUCCGGGGCAGCGGACACCGGUGGCCAGGCAUGUGCUUUUCAUUAUUGGAUCGCAACUUUUGUCUCGUCUGUGCGUGUCUGUUCGGCCUUGCAAGAAACACCGCUUUUGUUCUCUCCUGGCACUUCGCGGUUAGACACCAUCCUCGGCCCGUUCCUCCUCCUACCCAAGGUAUGAUAGGCCAUUCUAGUGCUCGUUUGCGCAAAUGCAUCAGCAUACGUCAUGGACGUAAAACCCCAUGCUGCAGUAUUAGAAAUGCAAUCCUUACUGGAUUAAUGGAUGUUCGCAUCACACCCCCUCUACCCCCACUUUGGCAUGACCUCCCCAGUGUACUAAUGUAUCACGACUCCUUUCACAUUCAAUCCCAACUCCAUGGUUUAUCGGAUAUGGAUGUUUGACCUGAUAAUCAGAUUGAAGGAGCAAAAGCCGCUAUAAACACAUGUCAGACAGAAUGAUAACCACUUUUCG